GUAGGAGGGGGUUCUGGCUUGGAAGGGGAGCCCUGCAUUCAAUUUCGAUGUAUGUACAGCAUGCGCAGCUCGAGCAAUGCUGCAGCGCAGACAUGACGAAGCAGCCGGAAUGCAGAACAGCUGCAGCAUCCGCAGUUAGCGGUGCCUGAGGUUUCCCCAGCUUGAAGAUGGCUCUCCAAGCCAGAGAUGUGCCGGCAGGUGCUUCGGAGCGAGCAGGUCUUCCGGACAAUUUUGAGGCGAAUCUUCUCAUGGAGCAUGCUUCUCCAAGCUCUCAAGCUGCACUUUCUGAUCAGAAAAGAAUUUCUGAUGCCAAUGGGGAGGACGACAAAGAGCAGACUGAGAUCAGAGGAUGGAGCACUCUUCUUGAGGACUUGAAAGCGAGCGAGUUGCAGCGAAAGCGAGAGUGGCGCGCAAAGCUCGUGAGCGGGUCAGAGGAUGCACUAUCAGAAAUAGUGCCAGACUUGUUAGAGCCGAGUAGCUUUGAUCGGAACUCGCUCGAGGGGCAAUUUGAAGGGGACAUUUUAAAUCAAUCGCAAAGGAACCACGAAACAGUGCCUGGACCAUUGGAACAAAGCGCUUUUGGCAGGGAUGACAUGACGGAUCAGAGCGAGCCUAUGACUGCAAGGCAAUCAGGGGAUCUAAAAGUAGAAGACAGCAGCCAAGGUCAAAUCAUACAGAAUCCAGUACUGCAAUUGACAUCGUCAGGAGCCACUUCCAGCCAUGCUCCGCACAGCAAGCGCCGCAUUUGCCUGCGGUUGUGCUUUGCAUUUAUGGCGACGACGAUGAUGUCGGCCCUUAUGGUGGUCAGCUUUGCAUCUUUCCUUCUAUUCUGGGAACACGUCAACGGGCUGCUCCAGUCAGAGUACGCAGGAGGGGAUCAGCGCACUGGGUGCAAAGUUCUGUCCAGAGAUGUUGAUCUGCGCACUGCCAAGCUUUGCGGCACCGACGCCCUCCGUGCGCUGCAGCCCGUUGCUGGCCACAGCGCUCCAUCACAUCGUCAAACGAAAGGGGAGCUUUGCAGAUUCGUCUACUACUGGGUGGCAGUCCUUCAGGUGGAGUUUUGGCCGAAGUCAGCGUCCCUGCCGACGCGCGCAUUUGCGGAGAAGCCGGGCGCCCUUCUCGUCGAGUCGUGCCGCCCGGGGUUCCGGGAAGUGUGGAACGUCAAAGAAGGGUACAGGAUCAACGGCACGUAUGCCUGCACGUACAACCAAGCGCGCUUGCAGCAGGUCGAUCUGGAGGGUCGCAAUUUCUCGAGCUGCCCCCAGAACCCGGGGGUUCGACAAGCCCACGAAGUGGACUUGCUCAACCCCCUCGCCGGAAAGAUUCUGGAAUUGGUGUCGAACAUCGGGACGGUCUACCAAUCUUUUGCGGACCUCCUCUCUCCUGAAAUGCACGCUGCCGACAAGAUGCUUGAGAGGGGCCUGUGGUUAUUCUUUGUCUUCGUAGCGUCCCUAAGGCUCACGCAAAGAUUAACACGGAAAAGGGCUACCACGCUUGCUCUGCUCAACCCUUCAACCCAAAGACAUUGACACGCUCAAGGAACAGGAAUCAGUCCAGGCAGGCUUGCGGAAAUCAUAAUUCAGUGCAUCUGCUUCCGCUAAUAUCAUGACUCAGGGUCCUGUCCUGCCUUGCAUCAUUAUCAGCGAUAACGGGGCAUGUGAGCGGGGAACUGAGACCGACUAAGGUCGAGCUGCCUCGUAGGCGGGUGAUCGCCUGGGGUAGCCACGGAGAGAGAUGCCUGAGUGCGUCGGUCACGA